UGGCGCGCGGUCGCGCUUUUGACUUGCGCGGUGACGGGAGCAGGAUGUAGAGACCGGGCACUUCCGGCUUGUUCAUUGGUUAGCAGGCAGGGUCUUACGCAGUCAGAUGGCAAAUAGACGGGCCGAGCGUACGCGGAUGAGGGUCACGUAGCGCGCAUCUCGGAUGCGACAGGAAGAGCGAGAGUCAGAGAGUCCAGCGAGGCCGGGCGAGCAGAGAGACCAUUCGGCAACACGCUCCCCGUGUUGCUGACGUUACUCGUUAAUCCAUAAGGACAUGUUCAGUUUCUCACCAGAUCGUGAACAUUGAUUUUCCAUAAAAAGGACUUAAUUUUUAUCUACUACACGCGCGGACGAUCCCGCAUUCGAGCCCUGGUCCACGUUCGGUGUGAUGGAAAUACGCUAAAACGUCCUGAAUAUCAGCAAAAUGCCACGUAUAGAUCCUCUAUCGUUGCUCAAAUGCCUUAGCGUUUUAUUGGGUCCAACAGGAGGUAUUAAGAGUAAAGAAGAAGUUCACCGAUUAGCUAAUUUAAUGACAAAAUUUUCUAAGAAGCUUGUUUCAAAAUGCAUUUAUAUACAAAUAUUGAAAACCACUAAUACGGACUUGCUUAGUCAAUUUAUGACCGCUGGAGGAUGGAAUCUUAUUCACACGUGGCUCACUGAUGGCAUCCUUGCCAAGAACUGGGCUCUCAUUCAAGAACUUCUCAAGCUUCUGCUACUCUGUCCAGUAGAUAUCGAGCGGUUGAAGAGUAAUAAUUGUCCAAAGUUGAUCAAGGGAUUGUCGAAAGAAGGUAGUCAUCAGGGUGUUCGAACAUUGGCCAGUCGACUUGUCGAGCAGUGGCUGAAAAUUGUAAAGGGAGAAGCGGCGCCGAACUCGGUGCCGGCUCAAAUCAUGACGGUUUCAGUGCAGUCAAACGUUAUUGCGGGCCAAACUGCGACUGUACCUUCGUCGCAACAACAGCAGUGUGCGAACACUCAGCAAACCGUAGAUGAUACCGAAAAUGCAACCGUUCACGUGCAGGACUUCAAGCUCGCGCAACAAUCUACCGCGAGUAUUUCGAUAAAUCAGCAAGAUCAUGAGAAGCAGCAACAAUUGCAGGAGAGGUUACAGCCACAAACGGUGGAAGUACAACAGCAAGUAACGCAACAACAAUCUAAAAAGCAAUCCUUCGUUGUUGUUUCGACGUCCUCAUCACUGCCUGUUUACAAGAUUACUAUUCGCGACGGCAAUCAGGUCCUCGCGAAAGUAGAGACGGACGCCGCGAAUAUAAGUAACGUUCUAAAUACAGCUAGUACGAGUACGGACAGUGGACACGCCCCAAAUGCUACGCAGGAAGCGAAGCCAGAAGGGGAGGAGGAGUUUGACGAGGCGGAAGAAAAUGGCAGUGCGGCUGGUGGUCGAGAUGACGUAGUAGAUGUUGUACAGUCAGACGAUUCGGGACACGUUCCUAGUGAAGUGAAACAAACUGUAGUUAGUUCUAAAGACAAUCAGGAUACUGAAGGUGUUAAAAGCAAAGACUCUAAGGACAUUGCCAGUAGUGAUAGCGGUAAAUCUAGUGAUAAAGAAAAUAGGGACUCUCAUAAAAAAGAUGAUAAAAAGUCCAGUAGCAGUUCCGAGAAGAAAAGUAGUAGCGGCCAUCAUCAUGGCUCAUCUUCGUCUUCGUUGUCAUCGUCAUCGUCGAAGAGCUCUAAGCAUGGCACGAGUUCCAGUGCGCAUCGCAGCAGCUCUACAUCCCAUAAAUCUAGUAGUCACCGUUCGGGUUCUAGUAAUAAUAGUAGUUCUAAAAAUUCUAGCAAAGAUAGGUCUUCCAAGGAUAAAGACAAGCAUCACUCCAGCUCAUCUAGCAAACACAGCUCAAGUAGGAGUAAAUCCGAGCGAGACAAGGAACGGGAAAAGGAGAAGGAGAAACAGAAGAAGGAUCAGGCAGAGAAGGAUAAGGCGACUCUGGAGAAGGUGCAGGGUCAAGCGUUGAGUUCUAAGAUGGGCAAAAUACCGAAGAAGCGAACGGAAGAUGAGAAGUCGAGCGAUGCAAAUGGAAGAAAGUCUUCGACCGAGUCGCGCGACAGCUCGAAAGAAAACAAGGAGAAAGCGGAUUCGAAGAAGGACGCCGUUGCGACGAAGCUCGUUACCGAAAAGAAGAAUAUAUCCAUUUCCAUCGAGAACAGAAAAAAUAGCCAGGACUCAGGAACGCGACCGAAGACGGUGAAGACGUUUAACUCGAAAUUCAGAUCCACGGGCCUAGAGGAAGAAGUAAAACCACCACCACCCAGAUCGAAGAAGGCGGCUCCGGCUGCCGAUAAGAAGGUUCUACCUCCAAAAUUACCCUUGAAGAGGCCAUCGCCGUUGAGGGAUGUUCCACUGGUGGAGAAACGUGUGAAGCUAUCCCUGGACUCACCAACAACAACCUCGCCAAGUGAUGAGAAGAAGGGAGGGAUUAAGCUGAUUCCGCCAAAACCUAAACCGAUGGUGCUGCAAGAAAGCGACAUGUUUAUGGAUGCCCUCACUGCGUCUACCAAAAGUAAGGAACCGAGGAAGCGUAAGCGGAGGGCUUCUAUCACGAAGGACGGAUCCUCGGAAGCUAAGAAACAAGAAACCGCCAACGCCGAUAAUCGCGAGAGCACGCCGCCACCUACUUCGCCGUCAAACGUCGAAGAGAAAUCACCAGUCGCACUCAAACCUAAUUUCAAAUUCUAUCAGGACACGCUGGAAAUAGAAGAAGACAAAGAUCAAAGGGAAAGGGAAAGUGGCGAAGAAGAAUUAAGGAAGGACAAAGAUCAGGCGUUUGAUGAGGAAAGAGACAACAGAGACGAUGAUGAUAUUGGAAGUAAUACACCGACGCCCGAGGAAGACGUGGAAGAUGUAAAAGAUGUGGAAUCGCCAGAAGAUGAAUGUGCGAUAAUUGCGGAUUUGACGAAGAAGGACAGCUCCUAUCCCGAAAUACGAUACGUAGACGGACUUAAAAGCGUUCUGCUACUACAGAAACGUAAAGGGCCGAAAAAGGUUUUGAAGUGGAAGACGGAUCUAGAAUCUAUACGCUACUUCGAAUUGGACGAGACGGAAAGGGUUAACGUGACGAAGACGUUUACCGACAUGAAGCAAAUGGAAAAGCAAAACGAGAGGGAAGCAUUCCAGAUGGCCAGAAAAUUAAAUACUGAAGAUUUAAUGGAAGAAAGAACGAGAUGGAAACCCUUAAUUCCAGUUGAUCUACCGCCUCCGUUAGUGGAGCCUGGCAAAGAUAGCAAAGAGAAAGAUAUCCAGUAUGCUCGCGAGAAGGGCAUUCUCCAAGCCCUUUACUUUAAUCGAAGCAUGAUUCCGGACUCUGCAGCUGAACCCGAUGAAGAACGGCACCAUGUGAUGACCGAUCCGAAAAUAAUACCGUUAGACGAUCUCACAGGCAAUAAAGAGAGUGAAAAAGACUUCACAGCAGUAGCAUGGCCGGAACCUAAGCCGCAACCUCCGCAACCGUCGACCGUAACGACGUUCCAUUAUCCGACGGCGUACCCGCACAACCAACCAAGUAUGAUGGCACCUAUGGGACCCCAAACAACAAUGGGCCCCAUGCCGCAGAUGCCGCAACAAAUGAUGGCUCCCCCGCACAUGGCUCCCAUGUCUCCGGAGAUGACAGGACCGAUGCCAACCGCUGGUGGCGGCGGUUGGAGAACGGGAGACGGCAAAGUCCUCGUGCCGGACGUUGGUAUGAACCCGAUGGCAAACAUGUCGGGUGGUUUUAAUCAGAAUAUGGAGGGCGCGCCCAUGGUACCGCCGGGAAUGAUGGGACCACCGCCCAUGUACAAUCAAGAAGGCUACGGCAUGAUGUGUCCGGAUGACAUGGGAUACAAUAACUUCCAAGGUCCGCCCGGGCCGAUGUAUGGCCCUGGACCUAACUUUCCGGGUCCGAGAGGCGCCCAUAUGCACAACAGAGGCAGAGGUGGUCCCGGCUGGGGAUAUCGUGGACCAGUUAGAGGGGGUUGGAGAGGUGUCGGUGGUGGGUGGCGAGGAAGCGGCAAACAACCACCUGUGUGCAGACAGUUUUCGAAAAAUGGUUAUUGCCGAGUCGGUGACAAAUGUCAGUAUCUUCAUCCUGGUGUGAACUGUCCGCCGUUUUAAGUAAGGAACUGAUACAGUGAUGCCGAUCAAAUUGGAUACUAGUGGGAUUGAAUACUGAUUGAAUGAUGUCGCAAGAAUGUCUUCAAUUGAAGGACCUAAAAAAUGAAGGUGAAGAAGAGUGCGAUUACUUGGCAGCGUUUUAAUGAUAUGGCGAUAUCGACUAUCGUGUCGAUGAUCAGUUCACUUGGAAAACGGAUCCAAGUGCGCGCACGAACAAUGCGCAAUAACGCAGAGUGAUCAAGUUUAAUGUGCAAUUUUUUCUACACGGGCAUGACUAUACAUAGAUAUAAGUAGAAUUUCUAUUUGAUAAUACUCGAUACAUUCAAAUGUAAAAUGUAAAUAUAAUGACAUUUCAGUGAAUGCCACAUACAGUUGUCGCAGCAUCCGAUAUGGUCGAUUAUAAGCGCUUUGUAAAAUUGAAUUGUAACCGUGCUAGGUUCAUAUCGGCUGCUGGACAGCAGAGCAUUUUACCAGGUGGCUCAAAAAUCUACGGAGGUUACUAACGUAAUCUUCUUUUCGGUUCCUUGAAUUCUUAUUAUGAUACGUCUUUAGUCUUUAGCUGAAGUAAAUAAAUUCUAUCUUCUAUUAUGACACGUCUUUAGAAUUAUACAUUUGAGUACAAGAUUCCUCUUUCUUUUCGUCAUCUUUUAUGAGUUUAUAUAUUCUAUAUGAGGCCAUUGCCGAGAAAUUAUAUAUAAUUUUCAAAAGAGUGCGAUUUAAAAUAUCGCAGAGAAAGUCGGAUUAUACUGACGCGACAGCUAAAGCGUUCCAUGUACAUACACGCACACACAUGUACACAUUCUUGAAAUUUUAUUGAGACUUAUACUGUAUAUUACCGCUGCUUCGUGCUUGAAAUAACAGAAUUCUAGGAUAGAGAUGAUAUCAACAAUAAUAUUCGAUUGUGAUUCCUGAUGGAACAGGAGUUUCAAUAUGAGAUAAGCUCAACAUUUUGGAGCCUGGUGCUGCGUCCCGCUAAACGCGAAACACUCUCACAAAACAAAGAUGAAGACAAAUUCGUACUUUUUAUCAGCAUAAUUUUUAUGUGUAGAUUCUUUGUAAAUAUGUUUGCAUAAUAUAUACAUAUAUAUAAA